AUGAGUCUUGGACUACCUGUCUGGAAGUAUGUGUGGUUGGGAAUCUGUUUGUCAGAUCAUCUGGUCAGCAGCAUUGCAGCACCUCAGGGAACUGCACUCUCCCCCUUCCUCUUCACCCUGUACAUGAUGGACUUCCAAUACAGCUCGGACUUCUGCCACCUUCAGAGAUUGUCUAAUGACUUGGGUCCAUUAGGGAUUGGCAGAAAGGAGAAUACAGAAACCUUGUGGAAAGGUUUGUUGAGUGGUGUACAAGGAAACAUCAAGACCAAGGAGAUAGUGGUGGACUUCAGGAGGAAGAGGACCACAAACAGUCCCAUUACCAUUGUGGGUCAGAAUGUCGAGUUGAUAGACACCUACAAAUACCUGGGUGUCCUGCUUGACAACAAACUGGACUGGAGGGCCAACACAGAGGCUGUGUACAGGAAGGGGAUGAGCAGUCUCUACUUUCUGAGAAGGCUCAGGUCCUUUAAUGUGUGCACCAGAACUAAAGACAUUCCUGUUCAGUCUGGAUCUGCUGAAGAUCAGAGAUUCUCUCUGGAUGAUGACACAGCAGACAGAGUCUUCACCAUCACCAUCACUGAUCUGAGAACAGAGGAUGGAGGAACAUACUGGUGUGGGAUACAGAGGACCAAAGCACUUCCUGAUCUUUACACAGAGAUUCUAUUAUUGGUUAAACUGGUGGAGACACAAACCACAUACCUGCCUCCUCUCUCAACUACAGAAACAUCUGAUGACAGCAAUGUCUCCCAUCCUACUCCAACAAUUUCUGUUAGUACCUCAGUGGAUUCCACACAACUGCCUCCUUCUUCAGGUUUCAUCACUCUGUAUGUGUAUGUUUCACUGCUGGUCUCUGGAAUCUCUCUCAUUGUUCUAGUGCUGUUCUGCACACGAUGGAAGAAUUUAAAUACAUUAUCAGAUGCCCCUAGCUCGAUAAUACCACAGAGGGAUUCCAGAAGACUAGAGGAGAGAACCAACAAUGAAAACCAUCCACCUGAAAAUGACUACUCCAUAAUAAUCAAUCCGCUCUACCAGAGUGGGAAUCCCAACACCAGCCUAUCAGAUUCAGUUUAUCAGAGUGUUAACACCAAUAUCCAACAAUCUGAUAUACUUUUAAAGAGUGUAACACCCAGCAGCAACCAAUCAGAUCCAGUCUACCAGAGUGUAAACCCAAACACAAAAAAGUCAAAAUUAGCCAAGCUGAAUGUACAUCCCAACACCAGCCAACCAGACUCAGUCUAUCAGAAUCUAAACAGAGAUACCGACCAGACAGAUUCAGUCUACCAGAUCAUGAACCCCAAAACCAGCCAAUCAGAUUCAGUCCAGCAAAGACUAGAUCACAACACCAGCCAGUCUGAUUCAGUCUACCAGAGCAUGAAUCCCAACACCAGCCAAGCAGAUUCAGUCUACAAGUGCACAAAUCCCAAAACCAGCCAAUCAGAUUCAAUCUACCAAAGCAUGAAUCCCAACACCAGUCAAUCAGAUUCAGUCUACCAAAGCAUGAAUCCCAACACCAACCAAUCAGAUUCAGUCUACCAGAGCCUAACACUAACACCAACAAAUCAGAUUCAGUCUACCAGCGUGUAAAUCCCAACACCCACCAAUCAGAUUCCGUUUACCAGAGUCUGAAUCCCAAAAUAAGUAAUAAAAUUCAGUGUACCAGAAUUUGAUC